GAAACACUAGCCGGCCCAUCUUCACGUCCCACGAGCGGGCGAUGGCCCGCGCGGCCUGGGGCUCGUCGACGGCGCGCCUCUCGCGGGAUUCCUUCCUGCCCUUCGCCUCGUGCUGGCUCUGCCUCGAGCCCUCAAUAGACCCCGUCGCGUGCGCCCAGGGCGACAUAUUCUGCCGCGAGUGCGCCCUCAGCAACAUCCUGGCCCAGAAGAAGGAGAUCAAGCGGGCAGAGAAGGCACGAGAGCAAGAGGAGCGCGAGGCCCAGGAGGAAAAGGCCCGCCUGGACGCCGAGGCUCAGGAACGUGCCAUACGAGAGUUUGAGCUGACGCAGGCCGGGCUCAGCAUUAAGAGGGAGAGCGCGAGCAGUACAGGAAGAGAGAAAGCGGAACCCCCUGGGCGGAAUGAUCAGGGCGACAGCGGCGGAAAUGUUGGUGAGAAGGGCCCGAAAACGGGGGAGAAGCGCAAGUUCUCCCUUGAUCCGGAUGAACUCGCCCGCAUCGCCGAGGAGGAGCGGGCUAAGGCGAGGAAGGCUAUCGACGAAGAGAAGGCGUCAAAACCGAAGCUCCCCUCAUUCUGGUCUCCUACGGUAACGCCGUCGUCAAAUAACAACAACACCUUGCACGAGGUGAAGAAGAAGUUCAAAACACAGCCAAUUUGCCCGGCGUCGUCGGAGGACAAACCGCACCACUACUCCCUGCACACCCUCAUCACCAUAAACUUCACAGAAGAGAGAAAUUCGGGUACCGACAAGCCGCAGAGGAUAUGUCCGGCCUGCAAGAAGGUCUUGUCGAACUCGUCUAAGCCAACGCUCGCCAAACCAUGUGGCCACGUUCUCUGCAAGAGCUGUGUAGACCAAUUCAUGAAGCCAUCCGCCGGAGAGCCGGUCCGAUGCUAUGUUUGUGAAGCUGACUUGACAGAGAAGGAGGCUAGCAAGAAAGAAGGCAAGGAGAAAAUCCGACCUGGCUUGGUGGAGCUUCGGCGCGAGGGCACGGGCUUCUCGGCCGGCGGCAACAAUCAAGUCAGGAAGGACUCGGUGACCUUUCGAUGCUGAAAGGGG